AUGCAUUGGCAGUUAAUUGUCUUGGCAGCAAUAAACUUUGUGACUAUUUUAGCCGCUCCAACUGACGACAAGUGCGUGCAGGAUUCACCCGAUGAUCAAAUCAACAUAGAGGAAUUCGUUAUGGUAGAGCUUCCCACCACCAGCGAUAUCGAAUCGAAGCUCCUACUGAUGAGCACACCUGAAUUGGAAAACGAGAAAAUCUACUUUGAAUAUAGAGCCGGUGAAAUACAAAGAUCGAUUUGCCAAGCAACUUGGAAUCAACAGAAAUACGCACAAAAGUGCGACAAGAUUCGAAAGCGGAUUGAAAACCUCAAGUCCAAGUACUUGCUGAUAAAGCAGUUCGACCAUCAGUCGCCAAAUCCCGAUCGUGUUCCUAUGAAGCUUGCACUAAAAAAGGAACUGAAACAGCUGAAGGAAGACUAUUUGGAAUGCUAUCGUAUGCUACAACAUUGGACUGAAUGUGUCACAAAAGUACGAAAUACUGAAAAGGAAUGGAAAGCAGACACUGUUUUAAUGAAUGCCGAAUUGGAUAGGCGAAAAGCUGAUGCGUCGUUAUCGUAUUUCGAAUGGGUAGGCGCCUGGUUUCGUAACUAA